CCCCGGCCCGACCCUGCGCGGUGCGCUGCGGCCAUGGAGAGGAAGGUGGCCCGGGAAUUCCGGCACAAGGUGGACUUCCUAAUCGAAGAUGACGCCGAGAAGGAUUAUUUGUACGACGUGCUGCGCAUGUACCACCAGGCCAUGGACCUCCCCGUCCUGGUGGGAGACCUGAAGCUGGUGAUCAACGAGCCCAGCCGCCUGCCCCUGUUUGAUGCCAUCCGCCCUCUGAUCCCCCUUAAGCACCAGGUGGAGUACGACCAGCUGACUCCCAAGCGGUCCAGGAAGCUGAAGGAGGUACGGCUGGACCGGGUGCACCCUGAGGGGCUGGGCAUCAGCGUGCGUGGAGGCCUGGAGUUUGCCUGUGGCCUCUUUAUCUCCCACCUCAUCAAAGGAGGUCAGGCCGACACCGUGGGGCUGAAGGUUGGAGAUGAGAUUGUCAGAAUCAACGGAUACUCCAUCUCUUCGUGCACCCAUGAGGAAAUCAUCAACCUCAUCCGCACCAAGAAAAUAGUGUCCAUCAAAGUGAGACACAUCGGCAUGAUACCCGUGAAACACUCUCCAGAAGAACCCCUCAAAUGGCAGUUUGUGGACCAGUUUGUGUCAGAGUCCGGGGGAGGUAGAGGCGGCCUGGCAGGGUUGGGCUUGGACGACGGCCAGGAGAACAAGGAGAAGAAAGUCUUCAUCAGUUUGAUUGGCUCACGGGGCCUGGGCUGCAGCAUUUCAAGUGGUCCCAGCCAGAAGCCAGGCAUCUUCAUCAGCAACGUGAAGCCAGGCUCGCUCUCCGCUGAGGUCGGGUUGGAGGUGGGUGACCAGAUCGUAGAAGUGAACGGCAUCGACUUCUCCACCCUGGACCACAAGGAGGCGGUGAGCGUGCUGAAGGCCAGCCGCAGUCUGACCAUCUCCAUCGUGACGGGAGCUGGCCGGGAGCUGUUUAUGACGCCGCGGGAGCGGCAGGCCGAGGGUCGGCAGAGGGACCUGGCGCGGCAGGAGCUGAUGCAGCAGAAGCGGCUGGCCGUGGAAGCCAACAAGAUCCUCAAGGAGCAGGAGGAGAAAGAGAGGCAGAGGAAAAAGGAAAUCGCUCAGAAAGCUGCGGAAGAAAAUGAAAGAUUUCGCAAAGAAAUGGACCAGAUAGUGGAGGAUGAAGAGAAGUUUAAAAAGCAAUGGGAAGAGGACUGGGGAUCCAAGGAGCAGCUGAAGUCUUCCAAAACCAUCACCGCUGAGAUCCACCCACCACCACCCCGGAAACCAAAAACUUUUGGGUGGUUUUAUCGGUACGAAGGGAAAUUCCCCACCCUCCGGAAGAAAGGCAAAGAUAAAAAGAAACCCAAACAUGACAGCACAUUGGAACUGAGGAGGAAUAAGAAGGAGUUGGAAUUUGAGCAAAAGCUGUACAAGGAGAAAGAGGAGAUGCUGGAGAAAGAGAAGCAACUGAAGAUCAACCGCCUGGCCCAGGAGGUGUCAGAGACUGAGCGAGAAGAUCUAGAGGAGUCUGAAAAGAUUCAGCUCUGGGUGGAAAGACUUUGUCAGACCCGGUUAGAACAGAUCUCCUCUGCGGAGAACGAGAUUUCUGAGAUGACCACCAGCCCCCCGCCCCCCGUGGCUCCUCCGGCCCUCCCCCUGAGGCGCUUUGCAGGGGGUCUGCACCUCCACACCACAGACUUCGACGACUUUGCUCAGGACAGCAGCCUCCAGCCUCCAAAGCGCCUGGCUCCUCUCUCCCCCUCGGCCGGGCCUGCGUCGGCCCACCCUCCUCUCACCCCUUCCCCCAAACCAACCUCAAAGUUUUUGGGCCCCUCUCCACUCUCGGGGACAACCAAGAUGGUCUCCUCUUCCUCCGCUUGGAUCCAACGCCCAACGGGUGCCCCAGCAGCCUCCCUGUCCAUUGCCCAGCAGACUCUGGGCUGUGGGCGUCCACCCCCCUCGGCCCUGGAGGAAGCCCUGGCCAAUCAUGGUUUCCGCUCCGGGGACGCGGCUGACUCGGUGGAUGACUGGGAGGUAAAGAACUACAGCAGGAGGUGCACUAGCUCCCCCAACCUAGAGAGAAACUACCCACCUACUCCAAAGCAGUUUCCUCCAAGCCCGCCAACCCAGAAACGUCCGGGGGUCUCCACGGUUUCCAAACCCAUCAUGCUCCACCAGGACUCUAACUUCAUCAUCAGGCCACCGGUCAAAGCCGAGGUCCUGCCACAGGAGAUGCUUAAGCGGAUGGUCGUGUACCAGACGUCAUUUAGAACAGACUUCCGGAAGUAUGAGGAAGACUUCGACCCGUAUUCCAUGUUCCCGCCAGACCAGAUCCUGGGGAAAGAUGUCCGCCUCCUGCGUAUUAAGAAGGAGGGGUCAUUAGACCUGGCGGUGGAAGGAGGUGUUGAUUCCCCGAUCGGCAAGGUAGUCGUCUCUGCGGUGUAUGAGGAUGGGGCCGCCGACAGGCAUGGUGGCAUAGCACAAGGAGAUGAGAUCCUGGCCAUCAAUGGGAAGAUCUUGACUGAUGCCACUCUGGAGGAAGCCCAGGCCACCCUGACCAGAGCCUGGAAUCAAGGAGGGGAUUGGAUUGACCUGGUCAUUGCAGUGUCUCCACCCAAAGAGUAUGACGAUGAAUUCUCUUCGUCUCCCUCCUCUGCAGCAGCAAGCCCUCAACCAAUCAGAAAGAUUUUUGAAGCCAGCGCCCCUGUGCACAGACAAGGGUUUCUCCUGCAGCUGUAG